UGGGACUUUCCAACAAAUAGGAGAAAAAGUAACUGUCUGUCUAAGAAAACAGUCAAAGUAGGAAUGUUAUUUGAAGCUCUUCAGUGCAGUAACGUGGCAAGCCAACAAGGCACUCUCAGUGUUUGCAAGAGCUCUCCUGGCAGACCAAAGGUUUCCUGGAAAAAGCUGAUGGUGUGGCACAAAGGAUCACAACAAUUCUACCUGCUGGCUGACAACAAAAGGAAGAAAUGGAGGCAGUAUCUUAACCUUCGGGCUAGUUCUAGGAUAUGAGAUAUACAAACAUCAGCAUAAAAUACACAAAGAUGCUGCCAGAGAGGAAAGAUAACUUAAAGUAGUAGUGAAAGAAAAAAACAUUCUCUUGUGUCGAGACCAAUGUCUCUGCUAGAUGGAACAUUACUUUAGAUCAAAAAAACAUUAAUAUUAUUUAAAAAGAAAAUUUCCUACUGACAGACAUCACCUCUGACUGGAGAUGUUUACGUGCUGAGGGCUGUGCCAGCCGAAGAGCCUGAAGGAACCCAUUCAGAAUGGCUCUUUCACUCAAGCAAGGCCAGGUAGUUGAAUACUAACUUAAAAGCUAGGGCAUUUUAGCUUUUUUUCCUGAUCAAAUUUAGAACUAUUUUCUAUCUAAAAGCAAUUCCCUUGAAAUCUGCAGGAUUAGCCAAAUGGUUUACUGUGUAAAACCACUAUCAAUAAUGAUAUGCUGUUUCAGGAGAGAAUCCCCAAAAAUUUGUUUAUUAUAACCAAAACUUACACUGGCACUACAAUGAAGUAGAUUGUCAUGAUACAGGCAGCACAGGAAAUCCUGUUUCACUGCUGUAUGUGUUAGAAAAUGCAAUUCUUUAAAUCUGAAGUUGGCUACAUUUUAUGGUGCUUGUAUGAUCUUUCAGAGUUCUUAAUGUUAUUUUAUCUUCCAGUCAUGGGUGGAUAUUAUGCUUUAGACACAGCUCAGGGGAAAUGAAGAGGACUGUUCAGAAAGCUGAACCAACAGAAACAAGAUGUCUCCAGGGUUUUUUCUGUAUGGGAGACAUUUAUCACUGCCUCAAAUGUUCGUAUUUUUCAUUGCUUGUAAGUGAAUAUUAAUCUGGAUUUCCCCUCUCCAGAACAGUCUUUAAUUUGCUUCCCAUGCAGAGACAGGCAUUUCCUUGUGGAUCAUAUUUCAGGAUGUUUGUAUUUCUACAUGGACUAUAAGAAGGCAGUCACAAUGCAGGGCAAGGACAUACUGUGUUUUGCUGCAGGAGGCGAUACAGGGAAUAUGGAUAUACUUAAAGGUGUAUUUCUCUAAAACCUUCUUCACCAUGAAGUUAUUUUGCCUCAGCAACCGUGUGUGCAGUGAAAUGCUGCUCAGCAGCAAGCAAAGUGAAAGGAAUUAGCUUCAAUAUUUUUGUUCUCUUUAAUGUAUUGGUGGAAGAAAUCAUUGGGAUGGCUUCUACAAAUAAAAGAAAUUCUGCAGGGAGAAUUCAAAAUACAUUUUGCCCUGAAGGUGGAGUCUGCAAGCACGGAUUCCUCAUCAAAUCACCACCUCUUCAACUUUUCAGCUCACAGAAUUCCUGGAAAAGGCGUCUUUUCGUCCUGUCCAAAUCCAGCAAGGGGAAUUACAUCCUGAAGUAUCUAAAAGGCCAACAUGUAAAAGGCUCCAUAGCUGUUGAUCAAAUCAUAAGUAUUGAAGUUGGCAUAAGAAAUUUUGAAAUUAUGGAAACAGUGAGGAAGAUGUUUAAAUGCCUUCCUGAGCAGGUGAUGUCCAUCAGUACUGGAAACAGAUGUUACUACCUCAUUGGGGACAGCAGGCAGGAAACAGAGGACUGGGUGACUCUGAUAUCUUCAGUCUGCAGGGAGGACAAACAAGGUGGAUGCUGCCCUCAGAACCAAGAUCUUCCAAAUCCGGGAGUCAGGAGCCGGCCCUCCUCUUUGCCACUAUUCUUAAAUUCCAUAGAUAUGACCAGUUUCACAGAAAGGCAAAGCUGCCAGAAGGAGAACGGUUGCUCAGAAGACAAGAACAGGCCUUAUUCAGAUCCUGGCCCUCAUCAGGCUCAGUGUGACUCACCAAGAGGAGUGUUUCCCAGCCUGCAGGAUAAAAUUCUGGGAAGAAGUGAGGAAAAUCUGCUGCCAUCAGAUACAGAUGAAAACAUCCAAAAGGAUGAAGAAGAUUAUUACCAAACUCCCAGCAAUAUUUUAGCACAGUGCACUGCUGAAGUAUCAAAGCCUGACCUUACAGCUGGAACUGAUGUCCCUGUGCAAGAGAAACCAGUGCAAAACAACCCAGUAAAGGAGAACAUUUAUAUGUCAAUGAAAUCACUUAGGUUGCUGGAUGAGAGAUGCCAACUCACAUGCAGACGUGAUGGGCUCCCAUCUCCUCCCAAAUGCCAGGACAGCAGUGCAUGUCCAAGAGACUUGGAAGCAAACAGAGACAUAGAAUUCCCAGAAAGCAGCACCAGCCCGCAGCCAACCCUCCAGAGAAGGCAAAAUUCAUUACCACUUUCAGUGGUUCAGUUGUCUAUACUGCUCAGUCAAGUUACAGAUGAGACCCAGCUGCAGAAGUUGGAUAUUUUUCUACCCCUGGCUGAUAUUAACAGUUACCUAAAAUUUACUGAAGCAGCAGGACGAAUAUGCAUUUCACACUGGACUGGUCCUCACAGACUGGGAUGUUUGUUUAACCACGGAGAUCAUGUAGUGGCUGUGAAUGAUCUGCAACCCCAGGGUGUGGAAGAGGCUUACUUCUUCAUCAGCAGGUCCACCAGAAAGGAGGUGAAACUUACUGUAUGUAGGAUUCCACAGUCAGAUAUCUUCCAUGCUAAAGGCUGCUCAUGUUCCUGAAAAAAAAAAGACCUCAGUGAUUAAUUCAAAGACCUGUUUGUGCUGAAUUCUGAAUAAAGGCAGAGGGAAACCCCAGUUCUGGAGCUACAGAGGCUGAAAAUGGAAGAAGAGACAUGGAGGAAGAAGGAGUUCUUCUCCAAAGCUGCUAUGGGACUCCUUUGCUCUGCACUGCUUCUUUGAGUACAGCAAAUCCAUUUCUGCCUAAGGAAUCUCUGAAGGAUUGGAGGGGUGGCUAUCAUUAUACAGGGCUUCUUCCAGCUCUGUAACUGUGUCAGCCUGCUAGGACAGUCCUCAUGGCCUGAACCCUAAAAUCACAGAUCAUCUAGUUCAAGAGUAUUCACCAGGAUGUCAUCCUCAGUCUUUCCUGGCCAAGAUUUGCCUAAGCUCUUCUUCUGAAGGAAAGUCCAAACCUUCUUGUGUUGUUCCAAGACUUAUCUCUCUCUAAAAUUAGGAAGUUUUUUCUACUGUUUAUCAUAGACAUUUUUUUCAGAAAUUUAACCUGAUUUUUCUUGCCUUGUUUUCAGUGGGCAUGGGGAAUAUUUGGAUUUCCACUCUCUCCAGAGGAAUCUUCACUGUGGAAGGUGGUUUUUUUCUGCCUGUUCUCCCUACUCUUUUUCUUAGACCAAGUAUCCUGCAUUCUUUCAUCAUUUUUUCAAACAGUUUCUGCAAGUGUCACUGAACUGCGAGACAAAUACCUUGUGUUUCCAGUUAUAGAGGAGCAAAGGAGGUGAGAAAUUGAAAUUCAAAGAAUUUCUUCAAAAAGAAAUUCAAAGCCAUGGAGCAAUUUUCUAGAACUUCACAGAAAAACAUUUCCAAAAAGAGGUGAACUAGCGAAGAAGCUCCCAUGUGGUGGUGGGAGAAGAGCCCCUCCAUGUAACCUGCAAGAGGCAUUGCUGCUGAAGCAGUUGAGCCCUGCAUGCUGCACCUGUCAGCUAUGGAAAAAUGUUACUUUUGGACAAAAAUAGGAUUUGGGUAGUUAAGUCCAGAAUAUUUCAGAAAACCUGGGGGGAUUACUUCUGUACUUCAGUAAACAGUUACUGAUGUGUUACUCCAUAAUUGAUCGUUAUGUCAGGUUGCACAAUGCUAAAUGCAGAUAAUUAAUGUCACAUAUUGGCUGAUUCCUAACACUUACAGAGAUACAAUAUGGAAAUUACAUUGGUACAGUAAAUUCUGGUAGAGUGUGUGAAGUUGUAUGCCCACAUAUGAUUAAUAAAUAUGUUAACACUUAGAA